AAAAGCAAAAAACAUUGGAUGAUAAUCAUCAUCAUCAUCAUCAUCCAAUGAAUGAUAAUGAAUAAGAAACCGUUACAAGUGAAAACCAAGAGACUUAAAUUGUGAUGAUUAGUUUUUCUGUUUUGUUUUUACAAUUAAAAGGGGAAGAAGUGAACAACUUUACUCUCAAUUUUUGUAUAUUGGAUUGACAACAAUCAACUAAUCAAUUGAUAAUCUAAUAUUUUGAUGAUCGUGUUAAUUUGAUUGUGGUGUCAAAAGUUAAUCAACUGUUUCUCUCCUGAUGGUUAAAUGAUUAAGGUACAAUAAGGAAACGUUAAUAAUCUGAAGCUGUGGUGUGAUAAUCAAUCAUUAGUCUACAUUAAUUGGUGAUCAAUUAAUCAACCCAAUCGCCAUAACCAUUAUCAUAAGUUUCGUAUUGGUAAAUUAUCAACAUCGCAUCCUCAUCACACCGAAACAAUCAUGAUUAAUUGUAACAAUCAAACUAAUAACAAUACCAAUAGGAAUCAAGUUCAUGGCCGAUUAACGGAUCACAUUAAAAGCCUGUUAACUCACCGAUAUCUUGUUAUAUUAGCAUCUUUUUUAACCAAUGGGAUUAUCUUUGGGGUGAUUAAUUCAUUUGGUGUUCUUUAUGUUUAUCUUCAUAAAAGUUUUGAAGGUGAAACCAAAGAUGCUGCUUUACAAACAUCUUUGGUUGGAUCCAUUUUGAUAGGAACCACUUUUGCAUGUUCGGCAUUAUCGUCCAUUAUCACGGAUAAAUGCGGAAUCCGAGCGACCUCAUUCAUCGGCGGUCUUAUUGCCGCCGUCGGGAUGUUUGCCUCGUCCUUUUCCACUUCCAUCUAUCAACUGUAUCUAACUUAUGGUGUCCUUGUUGGAUUCGGGGUCUCCCUUUGCUAUGCACCUUCACUGGUUAUUCUAGGUCACUAUUUUACCGAAAAUCUUGGCCUGGUCAAUGGAAUUGUCACCGCAGGUUCCUCAGUGUUCACCAUGAUUCUACCUAUUUGUCUACAACAGCUUCUCAAUAGAUUCUCAUUAUAUUUUGCUCUUCGUUUGCUUAGUCUUCUAAUCUCUGUAUUGAUGAUUUGUGCUCUCACCUUUAAAGAGAAACAUGAAUACAUCAAUUCUUCAAAUAAUAGAUACAAAAUUAAUAAUUCUAAUAUGAAUAAUUCUGCUUAUGAUUCGGAACAAUAUCCAAUCACCACCAAUAAUCAUCAUCAUCAUAAUAAUAAUAAUCUCACUUCUCAUCAUUCAACAUCUUCCUCAUCAUCUAAUCAUCAUUCAUAUUCACAAGUAACAACAACUUGUUCAGAUUCAUCUUCAUCUUAUACUAAUAAUAAGAAUAAUAAUAAGAAUAAUCGUCAACGAAAUUUGAUUAACUAUACAAUUUGGAAGAAUCCAUUGUACUUACUCUGGGUUAUCUCAGUUCCAACGGCACUUUUUGGUUACUUUGUCCCUCAUUUUCAUUUGGUGAAACACGCUUCCGACAUUCUACCAGGAUCAAAUAAUGAACUUCUUGUUACCUGUAUUGGUGCAACUUCCGGAAUCGGUCGAUUGGUUUUCGGACAAAUCUCUGAUAUACAAUCAGUUAAUCCGAUUGUACUUCAACAAAUUGCUCUUCUAGCCUUGGGCGCAUCGACGAUGCUAUUCACGGUUGCCAAAAGUUACGUUCUUUUACUCAUUCUUUGUGCCAUUUUUGGCCUUUUCGAUGGUUGUUUUGUCUCCCUAAUGGGUCCAGUCGCUUAUUAUCUGGUAGGUAAAGAAGGAGCAUCACAAGCAAUCGGAUUCGUCCUUGGUCUCAGUUCGAUACCUUUCAUGGUUGGUCCUCCAUUGGCAGGUUACUUGUAUGAUUUAAAUGGUGAUUACUUUUAUGCUUUCUUAAUUGCUGGUUUACCUCCAUUCAUUGGAGCCUUAAUUAUGAUUCCAAUAAUUGUUAUUCAACGAAAUCGAUCAUCACAAUUAAAUCAAUCACUAAUUGUCAAUCCAAGUAAUCAAAGCAGAAAUCUAAUGGACCAACAAUCAGUGGCCAAUGGUGAUUGUUCAAAAUCAAUUCAAGUUGAUCAACUAACCGAAAGCUUAAUUGGUGAUAAUUUAAAAUCACAAUCACAAUCAACUAAUCAUUCUCACAAUAAUCACCAUCAUCACCUUAAUCAUCAUCAUCUUAAUCACAAUCAAAAUAAUUCUCACUCAUCUUCAUCUCACCUUUCAGAUCAUCUUCUUAAUCAAUCACUUAAUUUUAAUUAUAACAAAUCAAUUCAAUCACCAAAUCAAUGGAUUAACAAUGAGAUUGCUGAUGAUUUAACUAAUAAUUUAACUAAUUGUCCUGAGAGUGUUUCACUUCUCGCUAAAUCAACUAAUCAACCGACUGUGAUUACGAGUGAAAAUAAUGAUAAUUGUUAAGCAACAAAUCAAUGAUUUAAUCAUAAUUAAAGUAAAUUCAAUUGUGUUUAAAGAAGCAAGAAAACAAAAUUAUAAAUUUGUUGAUUAAGAGUAAAUUGUUAAGUUAAUUAUUAACUAUUAUAUCCUAAUUGUGCCGCAAUUAUGGUGACAAUCAUCAAGAGAAACAAUAAAUUAAUUGUACGGCUUAAUUGUUAAAACAAUUAAAUAGAUUGUUAGAUUUUUAAUUCAAUUGCUUUUCAAACAAAACUUUUUCAUUUCCCAUCAACCUCAUCAAUCAAUUACAAUUACUCUUAAUCAGCUUAAUCAGUCUUCUUGAUUGUAACAAUUUAACCACCAUCAAAUCCUAAAUUAUUACAAUCCUUUUGUGCCCUUCAAAACUAACACAAUUAACUAAAUCACAAUCAACCUUUUUUUUCAUGCUGCUUCUAAUCAAAAUUUUCAAUCAUUUUCAUUUAUAAUUAUUAUUUAACUAAUUGUAAUUUGUUUAAGAAAUUCAAUGAUUCAAUUAUUGGGAUUAUUUUUUUUGAUAGUAAAACAAUUAAACAAAAUAAAUAAAAUA